GCAUCAAAAGCAGGAAUUUCUGCUACACUGCAGCAUUGACACUUUCAUACACUGCUGAAGCAAGCACCCUAUUCCUUAUUAGCAGACUAAAAUCCUUAUUAGUUGGAACUAUGGACCUUAAAAGUAUCUUCGGUGUGGAUUUUACAGGAUCAGUGCUGCGGAGAUAUACCUGCAUUCUUCUGAUAUUAUCCUGCCACAAGAUACCAAGGUCCUUGGCUACAGAAUUGAAAUAUAACGUGCAAGAAAAUGAAGAUGAAGGAGUAUUUAUUGGGAAUAUAGCCAAUGAUAUAAACUUAGCAAAGGACGUGGAAUGCGACUUACUGGCUUAUAAAUUCAUGAAGGAAAUGGAAUAUGUCAUGCUGAAGAGUGAGAGUGGGGAACUGUAUACAACAAAGCAGAUGAUCGACAGAGAAACUUUAUGCCCAAUUGAGGUCCGUGGCAGUCCUUGUAGCCAGGAAGUCAAUGUGAUCAUUCGAUGUGCCAAUCAGUACCUGCAAAUGGUGAAGGUUAAGAUAAUCAUUUUGGACGUCAAUGAUAAUGCGCCACAUUUUGAAGAAGAAAUGAUGGAGCUCAGUAUUCCAGAGAAUGCAGCUGUUGGCACAUCAUAUGCAAUAGAUUAUUUUGCCACCGAUAAUGAUACCGGGGAAAAUAGCAUUCAACAGUAUUACCUUGACAGCAGUCAGAAUGUAUUUGGCUUGAAAGAUGGUGACACACCCUCUAUUGUUGUCCUGCAAUCAUUAGAUCGGGAGAUAAAGAAUAUGUACGAGAUAAAAAUUAUAGCAAUGGAUGGCGGCACGCCUCCAUUAACUGGAACAGCCACACUUCUGAUCAACGUUCAAGACAUUAAUGACAACUGUCCUGUUUUUAAUACAUCAGAGUUUGUGUUUCAGAUCCCGGAAAAUAUGUCUGCUGAUAGUGUGGUGACACAGCUUCAUGCUGUAGAUGCAGAUUUAGGACUGAACGCAGAAAUCACCUAUUCUUAUGGCACUCGUGUGCAGGAUAUAUCCAAAAAAUUGUUUAACUUAGACAGUGCCACUGGGCGCAUCACAUUUUCUGGAAAUCAAAGUCCAGCGACACAGCCUGAGCACAAGCUCACUGUCUUAGCUAAUGGCCCAGGUUGUGCCCCAGCCAUUGUUCAAAUAACAGUGGUCAUCAUUCACAACAUGAAGUAUGAUCCAAAGUUGGAAAUAAGCUACAUAGCCAACCAGGUGGAUGGUGUGAUUUUCCUGAAGGAAACAGCACCUGUAAACACACCGAUUGCUCUGCUGGAGGUGAAUGAUCCUGACCAUUAUCUAAAAGGUAAACUCUACAUUAUUGGAAAUGUUCCCUUCUAUCUAAAGCCCUAUGAAAGGGCAGGGAAAAAACAUUUGGUUGUCACAUCACAGCAUUUAGAUUAUGAGCUCGAAAACCAGUAUGAAAUCACCAUUAAGGCUGAAGAUCCCCACAAUGUUCAUGAACUAACGAUCCUUGUUCAGAUUACUGAUGAAAACGACAACACUCCACAAUUUCACCAAAGUCCCUUUGAAAUUUCCGUUGAAGAAAACAAUGAACCAGGAGCUUUAUUGCUGAAGAUUUUUGCAACAGAUGCAGAUAGUAGUCAAAAUGGGAAAGUGGCCUACCACCUGGGACCUGACGCUCCAACCAUCUUUUCAAUUGAACAAUUUACCGGAAUUUUAACUGUGUCCACCACCUUGGACAGAGAGAGAGAGAAAUUGUACACAUUUACCAUUUCUGCGAUUGAUCAUGGAACCCCACCGAGAAGGAAGAGUACUAUUGUAAUCAUUCAUGUCUUGGACCAGAAUGAUAAUGUACCCUCUUUCCUCACUAAUGACUAUACAUUCUUUAUACCAGAAAAUUUCCCAAGUCAUGGAGAAAUUGGAGUGAUUAAUGUAACAGAUUUAGACGCAGGCCUCAACGGACACAUUAUCGUGUCAAUCCUGAAUGGCAGUAGUGAUUUUUUAAUGGACAAUGCCAGAGGAACUUUACGCUGCAAUUCUUCAGUGGACAGAGAAAGGAAUACCAUGCAUGUUUUUUGGGUGGAGGCCGUUGAUGGUGGACAACCAUCCCUCUCUGCUACAGCAAAAAUAACAGUGUUUGUCCUGGAUAUAAAUGAUAACCCUCCCAUCGUAUUACUUCCGCAGUCUAAUGCAUCGUGGCUUCUUGUGCCCCCUAACACGCCACAAGGAGCCUCUGUGGCUGAGAUUUAUGCUGUUGACUAUGACACUGGUAUUAAUGCUGUCAUGACAUUUAAUAUAGUUGGUAGAAAUGGCCCUGCACCACACAUCUUUGGAAUUAAUACAGCAACGGGAAAUAUUACAUUGCAGGAGAAAUUGUUGCACAAAGACUAUGGCUUGUACCAACUGUUGGUUAAAGUCAGCGAUCUCGGGCAACCACAACCACUCCAUUCCAUGAUAAUGGUAAAUUUGUUUGUUAAUGAGACUGUGAGCAAUAAAAGUUACUUGGAGGCUUUGUUGCACAGCCAAACUGUUUUCACAGAAGAGAAACAGACAGAGCCAAACCCAUGCCCCUUAUUGCAGACAUUGGACUUUCCCUGCUCACCUCCUGUAAUUCCCAUCGCCGUCGCUAUGAUUGUGGUAUCGGUAAUCUUCCUUACCAUUGCUCUUUAUAUGCUGCUGAGCAUAAGAAAGAAAACCAAAAGGAAAGAACUUUACAAAGAUGCCCAAAUACCACUAAAAAUAAACCUUGACUACUACACGAAAGACUGGAAUGAUGCACAAUUAUAAUGCUGAAAAGUUUGUUUGAAAAACACAGGACAAACCGCAAUAAGAACAUGUUCAAUGACUCUUUAGAUUGAAUAGAAGUGAACCAUUUCAAGAACCUUUUUAUUUUUCAGAUUUAUAAAAAAUAUAUAUAUUUAUAACCUUUCCUCAACAAGUUGCAUUUUCACAAACACUUCAUAAAUGUUGAAUGAAUAUGACUGAGAAUUUUUGCGCAAAAUAUAAACACUGAUUAAUUGGAGUUCAAAAGAACUGCUAAUAAAACUUCUAACUGUAUAGAUCCAUUAAUAAAUGGAAAUCAGGCACAAGAAUGUUACAUUCGGCUUAGAUCAUAGAAAUAUUGAAUUAGGUAGCUUAAUUGUGAAAAACGCAUACCAUUGUUAGCAGGAUAACAAAAGAAAACAUCUAUUCUUUUAAAUAUCAAAAGGUAAAUCAUAUUGCUAUUUUUUGCAGUACAAUAAAGUAGUUUCAGAUUAUCUAAUUCUUUAGUUAUUUCUUUAGUACUUUAAUUCUUUAGUUCGCUCAGUUGCAUAUUUUAUAGUUUGAAAAUUCAGAUUUAGAGGAUGAAUCAAGAGUUAGAGAUGUUAUCUGGUAUGGUACUUUAAAAUUAGAACAGAAAGUUGAUUUCUAUCCUUACCACACAUGGACAGAAGUUGUCUCCCAUUUCCAACUCAUUGACCAGAAGUAUCUGUGAAUGGUUGGGCAAGGGUCACUAGCUGGACUACCAGACACUGCAGAGAGCAUAAUUAGUCCAUUCGGCCCGUCAAGUCUCCUUCACCAUUUAAUCAUGGCUGCUCUAUAUCUCCCUCCUAACCCCAUUCUCCUACCUUCUACCCAAUAACCCUUGACAUCCAUACUAAUCA